AUGGCCGUCGACGACGAGAGCUGGAAGAAAGUCGCGCACGCCAAGCAAGAAGAGCGCCUUCGGAAAAUUCCGGACAAGUGGCGCCUGCCUUCUCACACCCUUCCUUCCUCUGAAACUUUUGAUGUCCUUUCUUUUCCUGAAUUAUCGGGAUUCUUCUCGGACGCAGAACUUGCUAUAACGAAAGCGACUGCCUCGCACAUUGUCCAGAAUGUGGCGUCAAAAACAUGGACCGCUGUGCAGGUCACCGAGGCUUUCUGCAAGCGUGCAUCAGUGGCCCAACAACUCCUCAAUUGCCUAUCGGAAAUAAACUUCACCAAUGCUCUCCAACGCGCGACUGAACUCGAUGCGUACCUUGCGCAGACUGGAAAGACUGUUGGUCCUCUUCAUGGUCUUCCCAUUUCCCUCAAGGAUCAAUUCCAGAUCGCAGGGCUCGACACUACAAUGGGUUAUGUUUCCCAAGCACAUCAACCGGCGAAAGAAGACUCCACAGUCGUUGCGAUGUUGAAGAACCUCGGCGCUGUUAUCUACUGCAAGACAAAUGUGCCUACUACCCUUAUGUGUGGCGAGACGAUCAACAAUAUUUUUGGAAGAACGGUGAACCCUGCUAAUCGACAGCUUACACCUGGUGGAUCAUCCGGCGGAGAGACUGCUCUAGUAUCAUUUCAUGGAAGUCCUUUGGGCAUUGGUACCGACAUUGGUGGCUCCAUACGUAACCCCGCCACCUUUACUGGACUUUGGGCUUUGCGUCCGUCCAAUGGCCGUGUUUCCUAUCAACGCGCCAACAAUUCGUUUCUCGGCCAGGAGACCAUCAAUUCUUGCGCUGGCCCAUUUACCCAUUCCCCUCAUGAUAUCAACCUCUUCAUGUCUUCUCUUGCUUCUCAGCAGCCGUGGCUUCUUGACCCCGUCUGUCUUCCUAUACCGUGGCGUCAAGAUGUCGUUGACUCCGUUCAAGGCAAGAAGCUUUGCUUUGCAUGGGCUUGCGGGGACGGAAUCGUGAGGCCUCAUCCCCCGCUUCGAAGAGCUAUGGAUAUCACGAAGAAGAAGUUGGAGGAGGCGGGGCACACCAUUAUCGAGUGGAUCCCUAAGAAUCUGAAUGUUGCAGGACAAUUGGCGUUGAAGGUGUGGCGAUCUGACGGGGGAGCGGACGUCCGCGCUCAGAUCGACCCAUCCGGAGAACCUUGGAUCCCGGAAGUAAAGGAGCUCUUGCAGCCUGUCUACGAUGACGCCACACCGAAGCUCACUGUGUUCGACCUAUGGCAAAUCCAGAGGGCUCGUCAACUCUUCGCCACCGAGUGGCUUGAGAACUGGAAUCGGACGGCUGAAUUUACCGGAACAGGUAGACCCAUUGACGGAUUGAUUAUGCCUGUCCUCCCGUUUACGGCCAAACCACACGGAGGACGUUACCCGUACGCAUAUGGGUCCCUCUCCCCUGUUCUUGACCUGAGUACGGGAGUCUUCCCCGUCACCCGAGUUGAUCAAGAACUCGACCAGGCUGGUGUCGACUACGUGCCUUUGAGUGAAGUAGACGAGGAGGUUCACAAAUUCUACGAAGGCCCGGAGAAGUGGAAGAACGCGACCGUGGGUUUGCAGCUGAUUGGUCGGAGGUUGGAAGAAGAGAAGGUCGUCGGCAUGCUUAUAGAGAUUGAGAAGGCGUUGAAUGCGUGAACAAUGCGACCCGACUGGACUUCAAUAAAACUACGAGGUUGUGUCAAUAGAUGCGCGGAAUGCCACAUACCUAUGUACGAU